AUGUUGAUGUUUGUUCAUUCUCCAGGUUGCACACUGAAUCAACAGACAGUGGAUGUGACUGGAAACGUGGGACAGUCUGUCCUUCUGCCCUGCUCCUGCUCUGAACUACAAGCCAAACCACAUACUUUCAGAUGGAGCUUUUUAAAAGGUUCUUAUCCUGAAAUCUUCCCAAAGGACCAGACAAAUCGCUACACAGACAGAGUUCAGCUCUUUAAUGAUCAUCCUCCAGGAAAUCUCUCUCUACUCAUAUCACACCUGACUGUAGAGGAUGAAGGAUGGUACAGGUGUGAGAUCAACAACAAAAUUAAAACACGCAUCUACCUCGCAGUAAAAGGCUGCACACUGAAAGGAAAUAGAGAGACAGAAGAGAUCACUGCAUACACAGGAGGCUCAGUACUGCUGCCCUGCUCCUGCACUGACCUCCACAUCAAACCUAAGACAUUCACAUGGGAGAAAAAUGACACAGCAAAGAAAAAUGAUUGGGUACAGAUAUCUCCUGAGAGUGAUCAGUACAAAGAGAGAUAUCAGCUGGUUCAUGAUCAUCCUCCAGGAAAUCUCUCUCUGCUCAUAUCACACCUGACUGUAGAGGAUGGAGGAUGGUACAGGUGUGAGAUCAGUGAAAUGAAAACAUACAUCUACCUCACAGUGAAAGAACCUCUUCCCUACAUCCCCAUUGCCCUGGUGACUGUGAUCUUUCUGCACAUUAUCGUGGCUGUGGUUUAUUGCAUCACCAGAAAGAAAGGUCCUGGUACAGUUCAUUACAGCAGAGGUGAUGGAGAUGGAAGACCACAGACCGCGUGUUGGUGUCGGAUGGUACUCUUCUACCUUCUGAAACGAUGAUAUGUAGCGACAGAUGUAUGUGGUCGAGAACUUGUGGCAGGUGUCUUGGGGGGAAAAAUGCUCAAGAACUUUUGGGUAUAUAAGAAAGGAAACGCUCCGACAUUUUCCAGGAAGAAAUCCAGGGGGUCAACAUGAUGGUUCAUGCUAUAAAAGUUCAAGCUGACGUUCACAGGGUACCCGACUUUCAGGGUAAGCUUUUUCUAUUCAUUUCUCUUUAAUUUGAACUCUUCUGUGCUUUUUUAAAUAUGUUUUUAUCUUUAAUAAAGUUACCGCGGAAGAACUAGAGGGUAUUAGCCUCAGUCAGACUGAACCAGGUACCGUAUCUCUCUCUCUGUGUAUUUUGCCAUCUGUUAUAUAUAGCUCUGGUAAAAAACUUUUUUUCCUACGCGCACCAGAUUGUAAGUCCUAAAUUCAUAAAUCCUGAUGAGUUUUCCAGGGAGCCGGGGAACGUCAGCCUUGUGGAGGAUCUGGAUUUAAUUCUAACAGGGGCUUCACCCGUGAGGACUUUGCCAGCGAUCUCACGAGAUCGACGUGUUCAGCAUGCUCCUCCGAGAAGCGGAGAAGCCACGAUCGAAAUAUUACCGACUCCGAAACCGCGAGUCACGAGCGUGACGCCCAUCUUAAAAGCCUGCGAUGCGCCCCGGCGAGCGAAGGGGCUGAAAUUCGUCAGUAAGAGCCCAUCGAUAGUGAAAAGGUUGUUUACAGACCCGGCCAAAUCACCCAUGUGUUCGACCAGGGAAGCGGGGCGUGGGAUUAACGAGACUGAAUCGGAGAACACCCCCAAACUGAAUCAGGAAGUGGAGCGACGACGGAGAGAACGUGGACGUCCCGUUAGAGCUCUGUUUAAGCGCAGGUUUCCUCAGCAACGGUUUAACGGCGACGUCUCUAACAGGGAAGUGAGCCCCUAACGGUUCCGACGGCUGAGAAUUCCGCAGCCUCUCUGCCAGCAUUGUGAUGGAGGAUUAUUGCGUCUCGCCGAAAUAACGAGCGAUUUGAUUAGCGAUCUUAUUCGUGACUACAGUGCCACGUUUUCUAACGCGUGUGAAAAGGUUUUGAGUGAAAUGUUUUGAGUGAAAUGUUUUGAAUGUAUGUUCACCUCGGUAUAUAUUUUUGACAUUGUGAUUGCAAGGUUAUAGAUAGGGGGUAAUUAUAUAAUAAAAUUGUGCAUGAAAAAAUAAAAAACCAUUUAACCCCUGAGUUGUGACAUUUUAUUUAGCCCCUCGUUCAAAGUAAAAAGCAUACAAAAAAACAUAAAACAUAUAAAAUAAAUACAUAUAUCAUUAAAAAAUAAAAAAAUGGAUGAGACAUUAGAGAGGGUCCUUGCCGAAUUAAGGUUAAGCGUGGAAGGGCUAAGGCUUAUCCCGCCCUCCUUUCGCAUAGAUGCACGGCAGGAGGUAUACAAUAAUACUGUCGUGUUUCGGCAAGAUCCUCUACAGGCGAUAGAAAAUGUCAUCCUCAGUUUAAAUAGAUCCGAUAAUUCGUUUAUGGAAAUCGAGGCCGCCAUUCGUUCUAUAAACACGGAAGCGGGGGAGAGAGAGGAAGAAGAAGCCCCUUCCGAAACACAACAGUAUUAUUGUAUACCUCCUGCGUAUACUGCGUAAUUCUCUCCCAUGGAAUUGAGAGAAGGAGAGGGUGGGGA